GUCGCCCGAGUUUCCCGGAUGUAGCUGGAGGAGCGGCGGCGGCGGUGGUGGGAGCAGCGGGGGGAGGAGGCAGCGGAGUCUGUGCUUCUCAGUGUCUCAGAGUGUGCGGGGCCGAGCUGUGGCGUCUCCCCUUUCGCUGUGCGGAGAGGAGAUGGGCCCGUGAGCGCUGCUCCCAGCCGAGCUGCCUGAGCCGCCCCCUCCCUCCCCCCCCUUCCCUGUCCCGGUCGGUGGUGAGGCGGAGCGCUGCCUCCCCCUCCUCCCCCCUCGGCGCCUGUGGCCCGGCCGCGGCCGUCCCCUCCUGGUCCCCUCACACUCACACACACAGGCCGGGCAUUGAUGGUAAUGUAUGCGAGGAAACAGCAGAGACUCAGUGAUGGCUGUCACGACCGCAGGGGGGACUCACAGCCCUACCAGACUCUUAAAUACUCAUCAAAGAGUCACCCCAGUGGUGGUGAUCACCGUCAUGACAAGAUGCGAGACACCACAGAUCCUUCACCACCAAAUAAAAUGUUGCGGCGAUCUGAUAGUCCUGAAAACAAAUAUGGUGACAGCACAGGGCACAGUAAAGCAAAAAGUGUGCAUACUCACAGAGUUAGAGAGAGGGAUGGAGGGACCAGUUACUCUCCACAAGAAAAUUCACAUAACCACAGUGCUCUUCAUAGCUCAAAUUCACAUUCUUCUAAUCCAAGCAAUAAUCCAAGUAAAACUUCAGAUGCAUUCAUAUUUUCAAAGUCCUAUGAUUCUGCGGAUGACUGGUCUGAGCACAUCAGCUCUUCUGGCAAAAAAUACUACUAUAACUGCCGAACAGAAGUUUCACAGUGGGAAAAACCAAAAGAGUGGCUUGAAAGAGAGCAGAGACAAAAAGAAGCAAGCAAAAUAUCAGUUAACAGUUUCCCAAAAGAUAGGGACUACAGAAGAGAGGUGAUGCAGGCGACUGCUGCCAGUGGAUUCGCCAGUGGAAUGGAAGACAAGCAUUCCAGUGAUGCCAGUAGUAUACUCCCUCAGAAUAUUUUGUCUCAGACAAGCAGACACAAUGACAGAGACUACAGACUGCCAAGAGCAGAGACUCACAGUAGUUCUACUCCAGUACAACAUCCCAUCAAACCAGUGGUUCAUCCAACUGCUACCCCAAGCACUGUUCCUCCUACUCCAUUUUCUCUACAAUCUGAUCACCAGCCAAAGAAAUCUUUUGAUGCUAAUGGAGCAUCUACUUUAUCAAAACUGCCUACACCCACAUCGUCCAUCCCUUCUCAGAAAACAGAUAGAAAAGAGUCUGCAUCUGUGGACAAGUCUGUCUCCCAUUCUUGCACAACUCCUUCCACAUCUUCUGCUUCUGGACUGAAUCCAACUUCUGCACCUGCUACUUCUACAGUCCCUGUCUCACCAGUCCCACAAUCACCAAUUCCUCCAUUACUUCAGGAUCCAAAUCUCCUUCGACAGCUGCUGCCUGCUCUUCAAGCCACCUUGCAGCUUAAUAAUUCUAGUGUAGAUAUAUCCAAAAUAAAUGAAGUUCUUACAGCAGCUGUGACACAAGCCUCUCUGCAGUCUAUACUCCAUAAGAUUCUCACUGCUGGACCAUCUGCUUUCAAUAUUACUUCCCUGAUUUCUCAAGCUGCACAACUAUCUGCACAAGCUCAGCCAUCAAAUCAGUCUCCAAUGUCUUUAACUUCGGAUGCCUCAUCGCCAAGGUCAUAUGUUUCUCCAAGAAUAAGCACGCCUCAAACUAACACAGUUCCCCUGAAACCUUUGAUGAAUACACCCCCGGUAUCGUCACAGCCAAAGGUAACUACUCCAGGUGUAAAGCAAGGACCAGCUUCACAGUCAGCACCUCAGCAGCCGGUAAUAGCUGACAAGCAGACAGGCCAUGAGCCUGCCUCUCCUCGAAGUCUUCAGCGCUCAAGUAGUCAGAGAAGUCCAUCACCAGCUCCAAAUCAUACCUCCAGCACAAGUGCAUCAAAUUCAGCAACUACACCACAGAAUGCAUCUGUUCGGCCUACGUGUUCAUUAACACCUACACUAGCAGCACACUUCAAUGAAAAUCUCAUAAAACAUGUUCAAGGCUGGCCUGCAGAUCAUGCAGAAAAGCAGGCAUCAAGAUUACGUGAGGAAGCCCAUAAUAUGGGAAGUGUUCAUAUGUCAGAAAUUUGUACUGAAUUAAAAAAUUUAAGAUCUUUAGUUCGAGUUUGUGAAAUUCAAGCAACAUUGCGUGAGCAAAGAGUUCAGUGACCUUGUUUCAAGAGGCAGGAUGAUCUCAUGCUGUUCUUCCCUUCUUGUGGGCGUUUCAGUCCCCUUAUGUAAGUAGUCCAUUGUUUUGAUUCUACCAGGCUUAAUUUACAUAGGAGACAGGUAAAUAGCUGCCUUCUCUCCUGUCUAGGAAGGAACCAGCUUGAUCACAGGCUUUAAAGCACAAUAUUAUGAACUAUCUAUAUUUCCUCUUAUAGUGUUAAUAUAUGUAUUUCACAAUUUUAUUUAUCACCAGUGUGUCAUUAGCUUUUAGAAAAGACCUCUCUACAUUUUAAUAACACAAUAAUAUUGUAUAUAAUCAAUCGACUAAAUUGCUUAUCACUUGAGAUUCAGCCCUCCGUCUUUAAAGACCAGUAAAACUUUUGAAUGGAUUCUUUUGAAGGUUAACUCUUGAAAAUAAAAUUUGUUCUAACUGUGAGGAAGGUGACAUGGAGUCUGAUGGCGAAGGAAGUUCCAUGCUUUUUCUCUCCCCACUGGUGUUUGCUAAAAUGAAAAUUGUUCUGUUUCCGGCAACCUCCCCCUUGUUAGUUUGAUGGUCCACUUUACUGCUUAUAUUUAAAUUGAGGUAAACCCACAUUCCUUCGUCUAAGGCAGAUGGUGCUCAGGCACCACUUGAAAAACUUAUUUAAAAAUACAACUUUAGCACAUAUACAUGUCCUGUACAUAUAUUGUACAAGAAUAUUAAUAAUCAGUGAGUUAUUAGUUUUCCCAAGAAUUUUUACAUGCCACCUUUUAGAUACAAAUUAUGACAAGAGUAUGUUAGGUGUAGUCAACAUGUCUGGCCUGACCCAGCUGCAGACACACACAGUAGUGAACCACAAAUGGGCCUCUCUGUCACAAUGGAGAAAGAGCUCUCGGUAUGCUUUCCAUUUUCACACCUUUCAAUUAAUUUAGAACGUGGUGAAGAAGACCCAUCAGGACAGAACAAGGAUGAUCUUGAUUGCCCCAGCUUACCCAAGACAGCAGUGGUACACAAACCUGCUUCUGCUGUUGGGUGGAGUUGGCAAGGAUCUCCCUUGGUUUCCAGACCUAUUGUCUCAGCAGCAGCGUAGGAUCCUUCAUCUAGAUCCUCAGUCUCUGCAUCUGACAGCCUGGGCAAUUGGACCUUGACUGAUAUUGAACAAUCCUGUUCCUUGUUGGUUCAAAAUGUAUUGCUCCAGUCAAGAAAUCAGUCCAGAAGGAAGUAUUGUUGUUUGAACUGAACUAGAUUUGUUUCUUGGAUGGGGGAAAAUCUGGUUUCCCCUAUGCAAGAAACAAAUAUCCCGUGUAUUUUAGUUUUUAAUGCACUUAAAAUCUGAAAGGUUAUCUAAUUCCUCUUUAAAAAUUCAUUCUGUGGCACUUUUCAGCUGAGCGUGCAUUGAUUAAUUGUUUGUACAUUAUAUGGUUGGAAGAUUUAUGAAGACAUGUAUCUUCCUUUGAUGGAUGCAGUUCCACCAUGGGAUCUUACUCUGGCCUUAUCUAUGCUUAUGAAGCCAUAUUUUGAACUGUUGGAAGAGUGUUCUUUAUUUUAUUUGUCUGUAAAAAUUGUGUUCAUUAUUGUUAUAACAUCAGGGUGAGCAGAUUGACAAUAUAGUUUUGGGUUUCUAACAAUAUGGUUUCGAACAUGAUAAUAAAGGGGAAAUCUGCGUUACAUACUUUAGAUGCUGGAAGAACUUCAGCAUAUUAUUUAAAAAGAACUAAGAGUUUUUGAAAGUAAUCUAGAUUAUUUGUUUCUUACACUGUGACUCCUGUGAGUCUUAGUAUAUCUGCUCAGACUAUUUCCAGAUGGGUUAAACAAUGUACCAUUGAUAAGGCUAAGAUUUAGUCAUGGGUAUUUUUAGUAAAAGUCAUGGAUAGGUCACGGGCAAUAAACAAAAAAUCACGUCCCCGUGACCUAUCCAUGACUUUUACUAUGUAAAUACACCUGAUUAAGACUUAGCAGUUCCUGGGGCCCUGGGCGCUGCUGGUCUGGGGCAUGCCAGGACACUGCUGCUGUGGGGGCUGACGGCUAGCCUCUGAACUGGCCAUGGGGGCUGACUGGCCCCAGCCAUCCCAGCUCCGAGGCCCCAGGGACCGCUGCUCGGGCACACCCUGGGGCCACCCCUGGGACCACUGCUCUGGCACUCCCCGGAGCCAGCUGCCUGAGCAGCGACUGGUGCAACUGGUCCUGGGGCCGCUCCUGGGGCCGCUCCAGCAGCGCCCGGUUCAGCUGGCUGCGGGUUGCCCUAGUAGCUGGCCCCGGGAUUAGCCGCAGUGGCCAUUGCAGCUGCGAAAGUCAUGGUCUUGGAAAGUCACGGAAUCUGUGACUUCCACGACCUCCAUGACAGAAUUGCAGCCUUAACCAUUGAAUGUUAGAAGUUAGCAGCAGUCCCUGUGCCUGCUGUUUUAAGGUCUCAUUUUAAUGGAGCAGUGGGCAGCGUCUUUCACUUGCCUGAAACAUGUAGUUAUUGGGGAAAUAUGUAAGGUGGUAGUUGGAAGUCUAGUCCAGACCUUUACUAAACAUUGUCCAUUGGAUUUGGCUUCAAGAGCAGAUGCCAUGUUUGGCAGAGCAGUGCUUCAGUCAUUAUUUAAUUAGGACUCUGUUCUGUCCUCCUGAAUUUUGAGCCCUGCUUGCCAAACUACCUGUAAGUGAGAGUUUGCAGAGCCACUCAAAGAAGAAAUGUAGGUUGGUUACUUGUAACCAGAAUUCUUCAAGAACACUCUGCAUAUUCACCCAUCCUGCCCAUCUUCCCCUCUUUUUAAGAGUCCUAAUUUGGUUUCUCUGGGUUAGAAGUGGAAGGAACUGAAGCGGUAGAGGGAGCGGUACCCCUUUAUAUAGUCAUCCUCAGAACAUUCAGAGAUGCUGAGAGGGGAGGGGAAGGAAAGGGUGCACAUGUGCACUAAUGGGCCCUGUUUGGAGACGAUCCUGCCAUUGGGCUGCACCAGGCAGUGCAAUCCCCAUAAAUGUGAAUAUGCGGAGCCAUCUUGAAGAACUCUGGUUACAAGUAAGUAACUUGCAUUUACUUACAUUAUAGUAUGUGUGGUUCUUCAAGAUCGUAUCAUUUGUGUAGGUCCCAUGACUCAUCCUCUAUCCCUACUCUUUCCUUAUCUGGCAUUCUAAAUUAGCAAGGGAAUUGAGGGACAGCUGUGGCUGUUCUGCCCGUUAUGCCCACAGGUGGUGAACCUGAGGACAUGCAGGGUGCAGCCACAACAUAAGAGAUGCUGCCAUUCAAAAGAUUCUGAGCUCUGACGCAUGCGCACUGAGAGUGGGGUCAACACAGACGACAUCGUUUUGAAGAAUCACAAUUAAUAAAAGGCAAGUAACUGUUCUUUCCCUGUUCUAUCCUUAUUAAUUAGGCAUAAUUCUAAUUUGAAGGAAUUAUUUUUAAUGUUGAAAAUUCACUAUAUAUAAUAGACCAAUUAUAGGUAAGGGCUUAAACUUCAAUGUGUGUGGUUUGAAUGUGCUUGUUUUCCUAAUUAACUUACAUUCUUGUAUUUAAAGUGUUAUGUACAAAAAUGACAUUAAAUAUUGUGUAGCUAAUU